UGGCAGGCUGGACUCGCUGCCUCUUCUUGACUCAGUGCGGAUAUCUGCGGUGAAGCUCUGUGGAUUUGGCUCGGCAGCAUCUGUUUUUGGACUCUGGUCUGUGGUGCUGCCUGCUGGAUAGCGUGUCCUGGACUGCAUGAGCUCAGGGCGGGCCCACUGGACCUCCUCGGGACCACGUGAUCCAGUGUGGAAUCGGGAACGCGUUGCUAGGACAGCUGCCUGCUUUCAGUUUCAUUUACCUGCUGACCUUGUGCUGGAGUCUGCUCUUUCGUUGUCUCUCUCUCGCUCCAUCCCUUCCUCACUUCCUCCCCCCUCCCUCUCCCUCUCUCUUCCUCUCUCUGCCGGUGUUACUUGGCUGUAGUGUUGAUAUCUCUGUGGCAGAACAGGCAGUACACUAACCUUGUUGCUGCUGCUUUGUGACCACUCUCUGACCACACCUCAGCAUGGCUACCUGCCUCCAUCUCCACCUGCACCUCCGCCGCUGCCACAGCUGGAGCCCAGACGAUGAAGUGGACCACCAGCACAGCACCACGGGGACUGAGGGGGGGAACUCUGGGGACACUACUCCACCCACCAAGCGCAAGGGCAAGUUCUCCAGCCUGGGGAAGAUCUUCAAGCCCUGGAAAUGGAGGAAAAAGAAGAGCAGCGAGAAGUUUAAGGAAACUUCAGAAGUUCUGGAAAGAAAGAUGUCGAUGAGGCGGCCUCGGGAAGAGCUCAUCGAGAAGGGAGUGCUGAAGGAGAUACCAGAUAACGAGGGAGUGGAGGUGCACAGCACGAAGCCCCCCCAUGUGAAGAACGGACACACGGUCCCUGUGAGCGGGGCGGGGGGUGUAGGCCGGCCCCCCUCAGAGGGGGACUUCAGGGUCAACCCCACCUGGCUGCCGCAGGGCGGGGAGCGGAAGAGCCGCCCCCCCCCAGGGGACGGGGAGAAGAAGGCGGGGCUUCAGUGGCAGGGAGAGGAGGGGCGUCGCCCAGGCAGGCUCCACCCUGACACAGAGAAGAAGCCUGUCCUGCAGAAGGCCCCUUCAGAGGAUGGCCGCAGGACACGCCCCCCUUCAGACGCCGAGCGCAAAACCCCCCUCCCCCGACACGCCUCGGCCGAGGAGGGCCGAACACGCAGAGAGUCCAAUGGCAGCCGCUUCGUGCCGGACAGCGAGUCGCUGCGGGACACACUGAGGGAGCCGCUGCCUCCCAAACAGGCCAUGCUGCCCCCCAAAUGGCUGGUGAGCUCCACCCCAGAGCCCGGGAGCGAAGCCCCUCCCCGCGUGCCCGUCUCCGUGGCCACGCCCUCCUACUCCACCUCCUCCGGCUCCUCCUCGUCCUCCUCCUCCUCUGCCGUGAGCGCGCUGGCCAAACCUGCGCGGAACGUCUCUUCCGCCGGUCCCAACCCGCCAUCGCCAGCCGCUGGGCCCCUCGUCCCCUCCGCCUCGGCCCCGCCCGGCCCCCUGCAGGUCAAACAGCCGCCCGUCCCCCCGCCGAAGCCCCUCAACCGCAACAGCAACCCGGCCAUGCUCGCCUCCCCCCUGCAGAGGGGGGAUAACAUGCACUUCCCCCUGUACUGGUCCUGCUGGAAGCGUGAGGGCGAAUACGACGUCUACCUGUCCCUCCCCGUGUACCUGUGCCGUCGCGCUGGAGCGCCCCGCCCAGCAGAACUGUCCCAGGCGUCUGGAGGGGUCAGUCUGGUGCCGGCUAAGCCCUCCCCACCCAUGCCCCCGAAGAGAACCACACCUGUCACCAAGCGCAACACAGAGGAGCCCUCCCCCUCUGCCCUGCCCCUUCCCGCCCCCCACCCUGCCCCCCUGUCUGAGGAGGACUUCCAGCUGCUCCCACCUCCCCCCUCCCCUCCUUUACCCACUCAUGUGCCCCCUUCUCCGCCUCGCUCCCUCCCCCACACCCACCACCACCACCUCGCCCACCAGCACUCCUACCCGCACCCCCUGCCCCAGCCUAUCCCCGCCCCCUUCGACCCCCCCAGCCCCAGCUCUGAGCCCCCCCGCCAGCCCCCCAUCCCACUGCACAUCAUGAUCCAGCGGGCCCUGUCCAGCCCCGGGCCGGCCGUGCCAAAUCCCGAUGGGUCCCAUCGCGCCCACUCGCUGCUCUUCGAAACCCCGCCCGAAUACGCUCGUCCCCUGCCCGUCACCAUCCAGCCCCUCAAACAGGCUGAGGAUGACUACUCAGAUGAAGAAGAAGAAGAAGAGGAGGAGGAGGAGCCUAUCCCAGAGCCCCUCCCCAUGCAGCCGGACCUUGAGCCACGCAGUCGCAGGUGCCUGGUGGGGGAUGUGGGUGUGACCAUCAUCCCCGAGGGGGAGGGGCCAGAGACCAGCGAGGAGGAGGAGGAGGAAGAGGAGGAAGAAGAGGAGGAGGAAGUGGAGGAGCUAGCAGAAGAGGAGGAGCAGGAUGAAGACAGUGACUCAGAUGGGCCAGUUCUCUAUAAAGAUGAUGACUCCGAUGAAGAUGAAGAUGAAGAAUGCCCGUCCAGCUCUCUGGCCAGCAGGGUGAG